AUGGCUGUCGACUGGUCUACGGAUAUUCCUCGAGAGCUUGUUCUCUGUUUCGCCAAUCGGUUGAUGGUUUCGUUGGAGGAUUUUAUUGCUUUUGGUGCAGUUUGCAAAUCAUGGAGUUCAGCGGCGAUGGAGGCAAAGGAAAACUACCUUGCUAGUAUUAGUACUAGUACUAGUACUGGUACUAUUACUAGCACUGGAUUGAGAUUAUUAGCAUAUCAAGUUCCUCUCCUAAUGCUACCAGUAGUACUUACCCUUCCACGGGGUGUUGCAGGCGGCGACGUGACGAUUGGACUUUACAGUCUGACUGCAAAAGGUGAUAAGGUUUACAGACGUAAAUUACAAGAUGCUAAAGGUAAAAAGUGCUAUUCUUCUUUAGGAUGGCUGGUCACUGUAGUCACUGUAUCUAAAGAGUUGGAAUUUAAUCUGUUACAUCCCUUCAAACAUGCCAUAAACAUUCCACUCCCAAAUAGUUUGAUAAAAUAUCAUGACGGCAUAUGCAAGUUUGUCAUAUCGUCGAGUCCUUCUUGGACAUCGGAUUACGUAGUCAUGUUUCAUGCGUAUAAUACUUUGGAAUAUUGCAGACCAGGACUACGUGAAAAUUAUUGGACGAAGCUAUCAUUCCCAGAGUACAAUUAUAUCAGGGAUCUGACUUACUAUCGGGGACAAUUUUAUGUGGUGAACUCUUUUGGCUGUGUUUCAGUCGUUUGUGUUUGUGAUAUCGACGACCCUAAAACACUGAAGGCUGUUGCUCCAAAGAUAAAUCAAAAGGAACUACUUGGUACUAGGAGGCCCCGCAUUAAACAACAAUACUUGGUGGAAUGCGCCGGAGCUCUAUUGCUUGUUUUGUGUCUCUACUCCGGUAAAAAGUAUGAAUCCACUACCGCCUGUAGGGUUUUCGAGGUCCCGUUUGAUAACGGCAAAUCAUGGAAAGACUCUGAGGUCAAGAAUUUGGGGAAUAGAGCAAUCUUCUUGAGUCAAAGUAGUUCUUCCUUCUGUAUUGAGGUCACUGAUUAUUCUGGAUGUAAAGCCAAUUGCAUAUACUUCAUGAACAAUAAGGUAGUCUCUUCAGUAGUAAACAUUGAUUUGGGUAUUUAUAAUAUGGGCAACGCGUCAAUCGACCGAGAAUUUGGCAAAUCCUUCAAUCAUGGUUUUAAAGGUUGGAGGGGAUAUCAUUUAUGGAUUCAACCAAGUUUUUAA